UGGGAGAUGACGACGGUUUGGGAGCCCGACCUCGACGAGCUGCUCGCGAGAGUCGCCGAGAUGAAGGGCGCGGAUGACAUCGAGGCUAAUGUCGAGGCGGAUGAUGGCGAUGGGGCGCACCGGGGCACGAAGCGGAAGAGAGCCCCUCGCACGAAGGGGCCGUGCGAGCACGGGGUGAAGUAUCGGUCGAGAUGCAAGGUGUGCGGUGCUUGUCCCCACGGUCGCCGGCGCACUGAGUGCAAGGAGUGCGGUGGGUCUCAAAUCUGCGAGCACGGUCGUCAGCGCUCUCGGUGCAAGGAGUGCGGUGGUACAUCAAUCUGCGAGCACGGUCGUCGGCGCUCUCAGUGCAAGGAGUGCGGUGGGGGCUCAUUCUGCGAGCACGGCCGUCAGCGCUCUAAGUGCAAGGAGUGCGGUGGGGGCUCAAUCUGCCAGCACGGUCGUCAGCGCUCGAAGUGCAAGGAGUGCGGUGGGUCUCAAAUCUGCGAGCACGGUCGUCGGCGCUCUGACUGCAAGGAGUGCGGUGGUGCAUCAAUCUGCGAGCACGGUCGUCAGCGCUCUAAGUGCAAGGAGUGUGGUGGGGGAUCAAUGUGCGAGCACGGUCGUCGGCGCUAUCAGUGCAAGGAGUGCGGUGGCUCUGGAAUCUGCGAGCACGGUCGUCGGCGCUCUCGGUGCAAGGAGUGUCCCUCGGUCAAAACUGAGAAAUGAGUAUCGGGAAACAACCGUUGUAGAAGCGUCAGAGCUAGAUG